AUGAACAAGAUCCUGGCUCUGGGUUUGCCAGCCCUGCUCUGCUUGGCAACGGCGGAUCCUCUCCAGUGCAACGGUUGUUUCAAGGUGUUACAGGACGGCAGCUGUAAGAUAGGCCAAUACACCUGCACGGCAGCUCCAGAUGAAUCCUGCUUCACCCGCAAAAUCACCGCUGGGAACGAGAUCCUGCGGGUGGAGCGGGGCUGCACUGUGAUCUGCGACGACCUAGUGCUCAGCAACUACGACUACAAGGAGAUCACCCAGUGCUGCACGGACAGAGCCUUCUGCAACGUCCACAACCCCUGGCCCCAAACCCCCAAGGAGGAUUAA